GCUCUUGCUCAAAUUUAUUUCCCAAUUUCCCACUCUACUUCUUAUUCCAAUUUCUCUCAUAAUUAGGGUUAGGGUUUCAUUCAGCAAUCUCAGAGAUGGAUGAUUAUCAGGAGAUGGAAAGGUUCGGAAUGGACAACGAUUUCGAGGGCGGCGAGUUGAUCGACGGCGAGUUCUAUUACCGCAACCGCAAGACUAAGCGCGUCCAGACCAAAGACGAUUCUAUCUACGGCUGCUUCGCCGAUUCCGACUCCGACGAAGACGACGGCUCCAGGAAACGCCGCAAAGACAAAAAGACCGCCGACUUCACAAAGCCCGUCAGCUUCGUCUCCACCGGCGUCGUCAUGCCCAACCAGGAAGCCGAGAACGAUUUGAAGCAGCCAACCGGCGACAUCGACCGCGCUCGUGCUUCAGGUUCUGGUUUAGGGUUCAAUAAUUCUGGUGGUGGUUUAGGGUUUGGUAAUUCUGGUAGUUCCGGUUUAGGAUUGAAUAGUUCAGUCGGGAAGGAUGAGGAAGAUGCUAGCAAUUUUCUACCGUCGGCGUUUGGGAAGAAGAUAAUGGAGGCAGCUGAGAGGAGGAGACACAAGGAGAAGGAGAAGAUGAAAUUGCAGCAGCAGCAGAGUAGUCAGUCUCGGAGAAAUUCGGAAUCCAAAGGAGUGGGGGAUGGGAAUUUGGGGUCCUUUGAGCAGCACACAAAGGCUUUUGGGAUGAAGAUGCUUGAGAAAAUGGGAUACAAAGGAGGUGGGCUUGGGAAGAACCAGCAAGGGAUUCUUGCUCCCAUUGAAGCUAAGCUGAGGCCGAAGAAUAUGGGUAUGGGGUUUAAUGACUACAAGGAAACCAAGCAGCCCAGUGUGCAAGAGUUGGAUGAGGAAAAGCCGAAGAAGCAGUUGCCAGCUGCUGCUGCCGGUACCAAGAAGAGGAAUUCCUGGAAGAAGGUGGUUGCCAGUAGGAGUAACAAGGAUAGGUAUAUUUCUGCCAAGGAGUUGUUAGCCAAGAAAGAAGAAGAAGGUGUCGAGGUCUUUGUGCAGAAGGUGGUUGAUAUGCGGGGACCUCAGGUACGAGUUCUGACCAAUUUGGAGAAUUUGAAUGCUGAGGAGAAGGCUAGGGAAGAGAAUGUUCCCAUGCCUGAGCUACAGCACAACUUGAGGUUGAUUCUAGACAUGGCUGAGCUCGAUAUCCAAAAGAUUGAUAGGGAUUUGAGGAAUGAAAGAGAGACUGCAUUAAUCUUGAAGCAGGAGAAGGAGAAGUUGCAAGCCGAGGUGGAUAUGCAGAAGGAGCACUUGGAUAGCUUGGAUGAUAUCACAAAUGUGUUGGACCGAUUGGGAGAAGAGAAAGCCAUGGGAAUAUUGACGCUGGAUUCUCUGGCAAAGGGUUUCAGUGACCUGCAGAGGAGGUAUGCCGAUGACUAUAAGGUAUGUAACCUGGCCUGCAUUGCCUGUUCCUUUGCACUCCCUUUGUUUAUCAGGAUGUUUCAGGGUUGGGAUCCUUUGCGGAACCCGUCUCAUGGAAUGGAUGUGGUAUCCACCUGGAAGGCUCUGCUUCAUGGGGAGGGGGAGUAUGAGCGGUGCCUUGAUAUAUGGGAUUCUUCAAUGUCUCCUUAUACCCAAUUGGUCUCCGAGGUUGUGGUACCAGCGGUGAGGAUCGCUGGAGUAAAUACUUGGCAGCCUAAGGACCCUGAACCCAUGCUUCGUUUUUUGGAGUCUUGGGAGAAAUUGCUGCCGGCUCCUGUUCUUAAUAGCAUAUUGGAUGUGGUAGUCUUUCCCAAAUUGAAGGAAGCAGUUGACUUUUGGGAACCUCACCGGGACACCAUUCCCAUUCACGUCUGGGUGCAUCCAUGGCUACCGCUAUUGGGACACAAGUUGGAGGAGGUGUACCACACAAUACGCUACAAGUUGAGUAAUGUUCUAGGUGCAUGGCACCCCAGUGAUGGAUCUGCUUAUACGAUACUCUCACCUUGGAAGAAGGUUUUUGAUCCUGCAAGCUGGGAACAGCUUAUGCAUCGAUUUAUUGUACCCAAAUUGCAGCUUGUUUUGCAAGACUUCCAAGUAAACCCUGCAGAUCAGAGACUUGAUCAGUUUAAUUGGGUCAUGAGUUGGGCUUCUGCUAUUCCAAUUCAUCUGAUGGUAGAUAUGUUGGAGAAGUUUUUCUUCCCCAAGUGGAUACAUGUUUUAUAUCAAUGGUUAAUAUCAAACCCGAACUUUGAAGAAGUUUUGAAUUGGUAUAAAGGUUGGAAGGAACUUAUCUCUGAAGAGCUUCACGCAAAUGAAAGUAUCCGCUAUCAGCUUAAUUGUGGCCUUGACAUGAUGAAUCGUGCUGUUGAGGGUAUGGAGGUGGUUCAACCUGGUUUGAAAGAGAAUAUUAGCUACCUAAGAGUGCUUGAGCAACGGCAAUUUGAGGCACAGCAAAAAGCAGCAGCAGCCACAGCCCAUAUGGAUGGCACUGGUCACGAGAUGACCCUGAAAGAUGUUAUUGAAGCCCAUGCACAGCAGAAUGGGUUGCUAUUUAGGCCUAAGCCUACUAGGACACAUAAUGGUCACCAGAUAUACGGGUUUGGUAAAGUAAGCAUAAUAGUUGACUCUCUAAAUCAAAAGGUGUAUGCCCAAACAGAGGAUACUUGGUCCCUUGUAUCCCUGGAGAAGUUGCUCGACCUGCACAAUACCUCCCUUACAAAAAGACGCUGACACUGAAUCUUUUGAAAGUUGAGAUGGAGUUGGUGUAAGGUUUCUUUUGCAGCAUGUGUCCCCUCUUGAGUUCAGAAAAUUAAAAUUUAGCGUGGUCAUACUUUUUCAGCUUAUCUUUGGCAGACCAAUGAUACUGCAAACUAGAACUUUUUUAACCAUCAGCUUACUUUUGCAUAUGUAUUUACUCCAGAAGCUGGUUGUGUAGA